CGUCAGGAGACCGCUCAUUCUGCAGGCUAUCUUUCCAAACCCCAUACUGCUGCUAUGCAGCCAGCCCCUUUUGCCCCCUCCUCCUGCUGUGGAACUGCCCCCAACCAGUCCAGCCAGUCUGAUAGGUCCUCAUCCAUCUCCUCUGAGACCCUUCUCCGUUUAUCCUCACUGGGUCUCGGCCAGGACCCCUGGUGACCGUUGGCGGGAGGGGCCGAGGACUUAGGAAGGAGGUGCCCCGCCAGGAGGCGCGCGUGGGAGGGGGCGCGAGUGGUCCCCGGGCCGGUUGCCUGGAAACGCGGGGCCUGGCACGCGAGACUCCCUUGGGCUGGCCGGGAGGGGCCGGAGGCGUGCGAGGGGCGGGGGCGGCGCGCAGCACUGGAGCGUAGGGGAGGGGACGGGAGGCGAGGGGACGAGCAAACGGGAGGAGAGAGAAGGGAAGACCCGUCGCCUCCCUCUUUCUUCGCUGACUUGCUCCCUCCCGGGCUGCGGCUGCUGCAAAGGCAGCAGCAGGGGCUCGGCGGCGGAGCUGGCCGGAGGCCGGCGUCGAGGAUUUGCUUCCUUUUCUACUGGCCAUCCUCCGCCCGCCCGCAGGGACCCCUCUCCCCUUGCCCCUCUGUCAAGAUGGCAGCCAGCACCUCCGAGGUCUCUGAGAUAAACGAGGCGGAAAGGAGUCCUGAGACCCAGCAAGAAGGGCCAGGCCCCUCUGAAGCCCCACCAACAGGGGUUCCACCCCAGCCCGAGGCCCCCCAACAGGCAGACCCAGACCCCAACGUGGCCCCCGUGGACUCAGGAGAGCCAAAGGCUGGGUCAGCUCCUGAAACCUCUGAGACCCCAGCCCAGGCCACAGACCUCAGUGUUAGCCCAGGAGGGAACUCCAAGACCAACUCCAGUCCCCAAGAAGCAUGCCAAGAAGCAGCCUCCACAGCAGAGGAGAGCAGGGAGGCCCCAGCUGCAGAUCAGGGCUCCGAGCUGCAGCCGGCGACCCCACCUGAGCCAGCCGCAGAGCCUGCUCCCCAGCCGGAGGAGCCCCAGCCCAGCCUCAAGCCGGCUGUCCAGCCAGAAUCCCUGAGCCAAGACCACACCCCUGAGAGCCUGACCAAGAAUGAGGGGGGAAGGCAAGAAAAUGGGGUAGUGGUCCCACUCGAGGCUGGUAAUGGGAAAGAGGGCCAAGCCCCCCAGCCUCACUCCCCACCCCCAGCCAACGGGGCUCCCCCUCGGGUGUUGCAGCAGCUGGUUGAGGAGGAUCGAAAAGGAAGAGCUCAUGGUGGGCACCCGGGAUCUCCCCGAGGUAGCCUGAGCCGCCACCCUAGCUCCCAGCUGGCAGGGGUGGAGGGGGGCGAAGGUACCCAGAAACCUCGAGACUACAUCAUCCUUGCCAUCCUGUCGUGUUUCUGCCCCAUGUGGCCUGUCAACAUCGUGGCCUUUGCUUAUGCUGUCAUGUCUCGUAACAGCCUGCAGCAGGGGGACGUGGAUGGGGCUCAGCGUCUGGGUCGUGUGGCCAAGCUCUUAAGCAUCGUGGCACUGGUCGGGGGUGUCCUUAUCAUCAUCGCCUCCUGCGUCAUCAACUUGGGCGUGUAUAAGUGAGGGGCUCUGCCCCCACACUCCGAGACUUUUCUUCUUCCUGUUGGGAGCUGCCAUGGGUCCAUCCCUCCCCUGGUGGGGGGAGCCCGGUCGAAUUCCCCGGCCCCCACCCCUAGGACGAAGGGAGCCCCAGCGGCCUUGUUUACAGCUCCUCUCCCGUUCCUGCAUCCUACCAGGCUCCUCUGCCAACCGUAGGCCUCCCACUGCCUGCAUUUCUGCCUGCAUCCCCUCUGGCCUCUGGGCCUGCCCCUCCCUGCACUUCCGGAAACCUCUGUGAACAUCUUCCCACUCUGUGCUCCCUCCUGAGCUCCCCGCCUCAUCUGACCCAGUCUUUCCCACCUAGUGGUGUUGUCCUUGUCUUAAGUCCUCUCCUCCUUGCCUUUCUGCCACCCACAGUCUCUUCCAGCCUCCUCAUCUCCCCUCAGCACCCUUUUCUCCACCUGUUCAUUCUGCACUUAGAUCAG